CUCUGCACAGGAAAUCCGCUCAACUUCUGCAAUGUGACCUGCCUGAAACUUGGGCGCUCCUUCAGUCUGGAUGUUUAUGGCAGGACAGGGGGGCGCCUGGACCAUGGGCGACGUGGUAGAGAAGAGUUUGGAAGGGCCGCUGGCACCUUCUACGGAUGAGGCCUCCCAGAAAAGAGGAGACCUGGUAGAAAUCUUAAAUGGGGAUAAGGUAAAAUUCGAUGACACGGGACUCUCCUUAAUUCUGCAGAAUGGCCUGGAUACCCUCCGCGUGGAAAAUGCUCUGACAGAUGUCAUCUUGUGUGUGGACAUUCAGGAAUUCUCCUGCCACCGCGUGGUCCUUGCCGCGGCCAGCAACUAUUUCAGGGCCAUGUUCUGCAAUGAUUUAAAGGAAAAGUAUGAGAAGAGGAUCAUUAUCAAAGGGGUCGAUGCUGAGACCAUGCACACUCUUCUGGACUAUACAUACACCAGCAAGGCGCUGAUCACCAAGCAGAAUGUGCAACGGGUCCUGGAAGCUGCUAACCUUUUCCAGUUCCUGCGGAUGGUGGAUGCCUGUGCUAGCUUCCUAACAGAAGCCUUGAAUCCAGAAAACUGUGUUGGAAUACUGAGGCUGGCAGAUACACACUCCUUGGACAGCCUGAAAAAGCAGGUGCAAAAUUACAUCAUCCAAAACUUUGUGCAGAUUCUGAACUCUGAGGAGUUCCUAGAACUUCCCGUGGACACUCUGUACCACAUCUUGAAGAGUGAUGAGCUGUAUGUAACAGAGGAGGCUCAGGUGUUUGAGACUGUGAUGAGUUGGGUCCGGCACAAACAGUCAGAACGACUCUGCUUGCUCCCCUACCUCCUUGAGAAUGUGCGUUUGCCACUGCUGGACCCGUGGUACUUUGUGGAGACGGUGGAGGCAGAUCCUCUCAUCAGACAGUGCCCGGAGGUCUUCCCGCUGCUUCAGGAAGCCAGGAUGUACCACCUUUCAGGCAAUGAGAUCAUUUCCGAGCGCACCAAGCCCAGGAUGCAUGAGUUUCAGUCUGAGGUAUUCAUGAUCAUUGGUGGCUGCACAAAGGAUGAACGGUUUGUGGCGGAGGUAACCUGCCUGGACCCCCUGAGGCGCAGCCGCCUGGAGGUGGCCAAGCUCCCCAUGACGGAGCAUGAGCUGGAGAGUGAGAACAAGAAGUGGGUGGAGUUUGCAUGCGUGACAUUGAAAAAUGAGGUCUACAUCUCAGGUGGCAAAGAGACACAGCAUGAUGUUUGGAAAUAUAAUUCUUCAAUCAACAAAUGGAUUCAAAUUGAGUAUUUGAACAUAGGCCGCUGGAGGCAUAAAAUGGUGGUAUUAGGUGGCAAGGUCUAUGUGAUUGGAGGUUUUGAUGGCUUACAGAGGAUCAACAAUGUGGAGACCUAUGAUCCCUUCCAUAACUGCUGGUCAGAGGCAGCACCCCUUCUUGUCCACGUCAGUUCCUUCGCAGCUACCAGCCAUAAGAAGAAACUCUAUGUGAUUGGGGGCGGGCCCAAUGGGAAACUGGCCACAGACAAGACUCAGUGUUAUGACCCUUCAACCAAUAAAUGGAAUUUAAAAUCGUCCAUGCCGGUGGAGUCUAAAUGCAUCAAUGCUGUCAGUUUCCGGGACCGCAUCUAUGUUGUUGGAGGGGCUAUGAGAGCGCUGUACGCCUACAGCCCUCUGGAAGACAGCUGGUGCCUGGUGACCCAGCUCAGCCACGAGAGGGCCAGCUGCGGCAUCGCGCCCUGCAACAACCGGCUCUACAUCACUGGGGGGCGGGACGAGAAGAACGAGGUCAUCGCCACGGUGCUGUGCUGGGACCCCGAGGCCCAGAAACUGACGGAGGAGUGUGUCCUGCCCCGCGGGGUGUCGCACCACGGCAGUGUCACCAUCAGGAAAUCUUACACCCACAUCCGGAGGAUCGUGCCCGGAGCCGUGUCGGUGUGACUGCGGGAGGGCGGAGCCACGGGGGCGCGGGGCGAGGUGCCAGGAGACCUCCCUCCUCACCUGUUGCCCGGGUUCGUCCCACUUCAGACAGCAGGCUGGGCUGGAGCUACAGGCCACACACCUGGGUUCCCCGCGGCUCCACAUGGGAGCUCCUUUUGGAAGUCACAGCUUUGGGAGACCAGCCAGGAAUGUUUGUGCGACCUACCUCAGGAGGGAAGAAGAGUAAUAUGUAACAUUCAGGACAGACCUGUCCCCUGCCAGGUUCUGUGCCAAGCACUUUUGUGUAUCAAUUUGUUUAACCACCAUAAUGACCUGGUCACCGGACAUUAUCACUUCUGUUUUACAGGUGAGGAAACUUGAGUUUCAGAGAGGCGAAGUACUUUGUCCCUGGUCACCCAGAUUAUAAGUAGCUAAGCCAAGAGGCUAACUCCAGGUCUUUUCAAUUUCAAGGUCAGUGAUGGUUCUGUCAUGCUGCCUAUUUCUGCAUAGGAAAACAACAAACUAAACUGGCUCAUUUUUUGUUUCUGACAAGUUUGCUGAAGGAUUCACUCAGCAAGGUGGGGAAAUAAAGUUUUUUCUUUCUUUCUUUUUUUUCUUAUAUUUAAACCACGUGGAAUCCUUGGUGUUAGAGCCUUGGGCUCCUUGUCAAGAGGGUUUCAAGUGUUGUUCCAUCUGACAGGACCGGAAGAUGGGUCUGGGAAGACCUAUAUGCUUUGAAAGAGAUAAAAAAUAACUUCUCACCCAUCAAAACCUCUUUUUUCUUUCUUUCUUUCUUUCUUCUUUUUUUUUUUUUUUAUGAUCACAGAGGUGCAUUUUGGACUAGAACUCUUGUUGCCAGACACAAUUGUACCUUCAGCAGAGUCCAGUGCCCUGGCCUCUCAACGUCCAACACUUGUAUUGCAGUGUUAAAAGGGGUUUUCCAGAGACUCAGAAUACUGUUUUCGUUGUUGUUUUUAAUGUAAACAUCCCUACACUGCUGGCCACUGCAAGAAUGACUGACUCUUCUUGACAGUAUACUUUCUGCUUUUUAGACUGUGACUCGAGUCCGUGUCCCUGAGACCCCACCCUCCUGGAACCUUAGUUUUCGGGAUCCUUUCAAGCCCUUCUGUUUGGUUUUUGGUUCAGUUUGGGACAAUUUUGACUCAAGGAAUGGAGUCUGUCCUUCACUCUGAUAGAGCUUUCAAAUGAGCUCACUGGAAAUUCAUUCUAAUCCCCAAGUUGGGGAGACAGAUUAAGAGAUCCUGUUUCAUAUGCUGUACUUAAAGAGCAAUAACAAUGACAGCAACAUAGUAACUGCAUUACCCAAUGCGUUUUAUUUUCAUCAUAUGAUUUCAAAUCUCUUUAAUAGAGUUUUAUUUCAUGUCAGAUGCAGCACAUUGUGCCUGUACUUCUGGAACAGUUUGGGAAGUAGCGGUUUUAGAGUUUAUAGUAAGUUGAAUUUUCAUAGAAAAGUUAUGGUUAGAAGAAGCUUAAAGUUCCAAGCUGAUAAAAAAGGACUUGGAACAUUACAAAUGAGUUUUCUGUGUAUGCUUAGAUCAUUGAGGAUAAAUAUAAACACAUGUUGGUGUGUGAAAAGCUCUGUGCCUUAGAAUCAGGUGUGACAGUUCAGCUCCCUGCUACAAAAAGUAGGAAGGGAAAAUACAAACAUAUCUGGGGACAUUUAGAACACAUUACAGUAAGUGAUGUACUUACUCAUGAGCACUAAUAACCUUAACAAAGCUUUCAACUGAAACAAGUUAAUCUAGUUCCAUUUAGCAGACAUUCAAGGAGUUCUUUCUGUUUGUCAAGACUUUGGGACACAAACAGGUAAGAUAACCACCCCUGAAACAUUCAAUAAACAGGUAAACAGGCCACUAGUCAACAUUAUAGUUUUUCUUUUCAUCAAGUUAGAGAAAAAUGAUACAUCUGCAAAGUUAUGAGGUUACACCCACUUCUUUAUUGCCCUUCCAGUGCUCUUCUUGGGAAGCUGUGCUCUUAGGUCAAUGAUGCGGCCAUUGCUUACAUAUUUGACUUCCUUUGAGAUAGUCUUCAGAAACCAUUUAUGAGUUAUAGGAGCAAUCAUUUUCUGAAGAUGAUUUCAGGAAGAACUUCCAAAAAGUCUAUCCAAUGACAACAUCAGUGGCAUUUGCAGAGAGCUCCCCUCAGAAAGAGAGUGCUCCUUGUCAUCGAGAACUUUUGAUAAGAGCAGUUGACAAAUUUUGUGCCCAUCAGUGGAUCAGCCUUACUCUGGGAAAGUGAGGAUUCAAGACCUCUGUGUUAUAAAUCUGCUUCUAACUGCAGGACCCAAGUUUCAGGACUAGUUCAGAAAAUGUAAAUGAAGUCAAGGAAAGGAUUCUAUGUCAUUUUUCAUUAAAUAUUUAUUUUUGAGACAGAAAGAGACAGAGCGUGAGUGGGGGAGAGGCAGGUAGAGAGGGAGACACAGACUCCAAAGGAGGCUCCAAGCUCUGAGCUGUCAGCACAGAGCCAGAGGCAGGGCUCAAACCCACAAACCGGGACAUCGUGACCUGAGCCGAAGUCAGAUGCUUAACAGACUGAGCCACCCAGGUGCUCCAGCUUCUAUGUCAUUUUAAUGUCACUAGAUAUGCAGGUCAAUUGUAAAAUCUCAGAUGCCUGGCCCUCAAGAGAGAUUCUCAAUAAUGGCAUAGGUUGGCAGACAGAUACACCUGUUAAGACGACACAGAGUCCUGCACUUAACGCUGCCAGUCAGUAGCUUUUAGGGAAAUAAGAGUUCAAGUAAUUCAGGGAAACUUUAUAAGUGUAUCAGGAUUUAAGCUUCUUGGCACUAGCCAAGGAUGGAAGCUCUUAAAAUCGAAUUUCCAUUUACAGAUAAACAAUCAAUCAAAAAAUGUAGUUUGUGUGAUUGUCGUACCCAUACCACCAUCGGGUGAUGAGGCAAAUUGGCACCAGAUGAGUAAGAGGCAAAGGGCCCUAGGACUGAGGAAGGGUAUGUGGAACAUCCUGGCAUAGCACACUGGAUCUUGAAGCAGGUCAUGUGAAUGGACAGAGCAUCCCUGUCUGGGAGGAAAAGGAUGAAGUAGGAGGAGGAAGAAAAGGUCAGGUUUAAGGAUACAGGUCUAGAAAAUGAUAUCAUGGUCCCUAGAGUUUGUGAGCAUGACUGCAUUCUAGAGAAGGGUAAGGGAAGAAUAAGGAACAGAGGUUUCAGGGAGUGGCUUCCAGGAGAAGAAAGGCACAAAUGAGAGCAGGACUGGCAGCCAGACCCACUUGUUGGGGGUGGGGGUGCCUCUGAGCUUCUUGGCAGGGUCUUCUAUUUUACUGCACUUAAAGAGAAUGAGGCCCAGAGGCUCUGAUGGGAUGGAAACUGUAGGAGAGGUUAAGGGACCCUAGUUCCCACAGCUGAUCUGAAAUGGUCAGGGAGCUGAUCUCACCUGAACAUCAACAGAUACAUGUUCUCUUCUUAGCCUUCCCCACAUCUUGCAAUCAAUGACUUCAGGAAACACACACACACUCACACACUCACAUUUUGCCCUUGAACUCAUACCAUUUCUCAGGGAAAUACAAAUAUCAUUUGCUUAUAGCUGUGAAAGUAUAGCUUUGCUAUUUAUAAAAGCACUUGAGGUACUGUUGUUAUUUAUAUAUCCUACUUGAUUUUGAAAAAGAAAAGUACUCAUUAGAAUUUUCAGAGUGGGCAAAUACCACUGGAAUUUCCUAUAUAAGGUCCUAACUUGGGGUUGAAAGAUCAUUUUUUCCUUUAAUAUUUGAUUUGAGUGUUGUAUUGGAUCUCAUAAUCUGAAGAGUCAAUCUUCAUGGAAAUCCACAAAUAUCUCAAGUAUGGCUAUUGCAAAACCAGUUUUGGCAGGCUGAAUAUUCACAUUUAUAGGUAAAAAUAGUCAACACUUAGUUGGCUAAGUCCUUCAAGCAUUUUGGUUAUAUGAAUCUGUAUUUUUUUAAAUGAUCAAACUAAGGAUAUUGUUUAUACGUAAGUAUACAAAUAAAGUUUGUAUUUAUUCAAUAAUGUGUGUGGAAUGGAUAAGAUUAUGUUAUAUACAAUCACUAGGUGAAUUUUUUUUUUUUUGCUUGUUUUGGCUGAUAUGAGUUAGUGAUAUCUGAAUACAAAUUAAUUUAUGAGGUGGAAAUUUAAAACAUUUCAGUUGGUUCAAGAGGGUUUCAAUAAAAUCAUAGGAUAGAAUUGAUCAGAGGUGGUCUAUGGAAUGGCAAAAAUUAGAUAGCUUUUACCUCCUUAAAGUCUCGUUGCCUCUGAGCAUGCUUUUUACCAACGCACUUGCAAACUAUGACUCUCAUUUUGCCUGCCUUAUCCCUUCUUACAAAAGCCACCUUCUAGGCUUCUGAUUUCUGACUCUUAACCCUGUCUUCACCAGUGUCACUGUGUUGUUUCUGAAGCCUUAACCAACCUGUGUGUCUCAAAUCAGGGCACAGGGAACUUGGCAUAAGAGACAGUGAGCUGUACUUUUCGGCCACUGGAGAAUUUGUCAUCAAUUUAGUUUGUUUUGCAUUACAAUACAAAGAUCCUAUGCCACUGAAAUGGAGAAUCUGAAGUUUUAAAGAAAUGUGGGGUCACAUGAAUAGCUUUACACCAUUCCUCCUGGGCCUCCCAAGAAACAGAGGUUCUGGCUCAUCUGCUCCAGGGACUCUGGGUGGAAAACCUUGGGAAGCAUAGCCCCAUUUCACCGGUGGGAAGUGUUCUAGAGUUAAUCCUGGGCAAUAGAUCUGACAACCAGUGCACCAGCUGUGGGUCAAAAUGGAGUUUUGACCUUACAUUCACUGCUGAUCCCUCCAGUUCCCCUGCUGUGUCUAAGUAAGUGGCAAUCUGAUGCCUGGGCAUCCUGGCCAGGGCCUGGCAUCUGCCCAACUCUCCUUGGCUCUUUUCCUGCUUUUGGUGUUCCCUGCUGGUGUGUGGCAUCCUCUGGACCAGCCUCCUUUUCACUGGAGAUGUGGCCUUCAUAUAGGAUCUCUAUUCUCCCCUGCCUUCUAUGGGCUCAUGUCUCAUUGUCUGUCCCCUUGGUGCUGGGAACUGAUUUGGGUUAGGUCCCACCCACUCCCAAGCUGCCCAGUAUCAGCCUGCCUGAUUACCAGUCACUCUGGUUUUCACUUCCAUGUUUGUUUUGAACACCUAGGGAUUUUCCUUUUCUUCUUGCAUGCUUAGAUGGCUCCUUUGUUUUGGUUCCUGCAUGGCAGGCUACCUGGACACCCAUGCCUGCCCAUCCAGUCAUCCAUCUGGGUCCCCAACGUGCUGUCUCCCUUGGGGUCUCCAAGCAUAGAACCCUCAUUACCCUUCUUGUGUUGUCCUCUAGCUAUCCCAGCACCAAAGCAUCUCUAAGGGUCUCCUGAUUUCUGAAGUUUGGACAAAGAGCAAAAGAAGAUAUGAGACUUCCUGGCUACAUAUUCUUUAAGAAGGUUUGUGGGUAAGGAAACUUCCCUUUUCCCUUAGUAAAACUAACCCGGAUCCUCCAAGUUUGGCAGUGGAGGGAGAAACUCUCCGCGGAGACAGAGAGUUGGAUCUCAUAGUCCCAACUGUUGUCCCUAUAAGGAAAGAGUCCUAUACAUGGCUCUGAAUUUCCCAAAGGACAUUGCAGACCAGGCUGGAACAGCUGAAUAAGACUUUACUGAUGACUGAGAGAUGAUAUAGGGAAAUAAGCACAACUAGGAGCAAUGCUCUGGAUAAUGAGGAUAAGAUUCAGCUGUCCUUGAAAAGCAGUGUUAUCCAUAGGAGGUGUGUGUGUGUGUGUGUGUGUGUGUGUGUGUGUGUGUGUGUGUGUUUGUUCACGUGUGGGUGUACAUGCUGUCAACAAUAAAGCUGGACAUAGUUAAAAUGGAAAAAACAGAUUUUAUCCAGUAACUACUGACAGUAGAGAAAAGAGCUGAGCCCCAUUCUGAUUUGUGCACAGCUGACUAGGUGCUUUAAAGGGAAAAUUGAGAAGGGGAGGGGAUGGGGAGCUGGUGGGCACCGAAGUAAAGGCCGGGAUGUGAAAAAUUACAAAACACUGGUCAGUAAAUGUGAUUAUUCCAGCUGUCUGCUGGCUGGUAGUGUUGAACUUAGGGUUGUAUCCUCCCACAGAGACUGGCAGCCAGGGGCCCUGUACUUCCAGAUUGUUACAUUCAAAGGAUGACUUUCAGGUCCUUGAGAAAGACAUCCUGGGCCAUAAGAGAUACAUACAUAUAUCUCUCAAA